ACGAAUCCUGCGGUAAAUGUCAAAUCCGCGGCAUCGCAAACUCGCUUUGUCAUUUUCUGUUUCUCGUAGCUCGUAAACAAUUUUAGUGCAGUGAUUCGAUAUCUUCAGUAAUUUUCCGAGUUUUACACGUUAUCUUGUAUUCACAUAUUGAUUCCAGUCCCGGAGAAGACAUGGAUAACUCGAAUGACUGGAGAAAUGCCCACCACAGCACUGGUACUACGAUUAUGGCUGUAGAGUUCGACGGCGGAGUUGUGAUCGGAGCUGAUUCGCGCACUAGCACCGGUACAUACGUUGCUAAUCGCGUAACAGAUAAGAUGACAAAACUGACCGAUAAAAUCUACUGUUGCCGUUCCGGAUCGGCUGCCGAUACACAAGCGAUAUCUGACAUUGUAGCGUACUCGUUGUACUAUCAUGAGAACCAAACUGGAGAGGAGCCGUUAGUAUCGGACGCAGCCAGUGAGUUCCGACAGUAUUGCUACAACUACCGUGACACGAUGAUGGCCGGCAUCAUUGUAGCUGGAUGGGACAAAAAGCUAGGCGGACAGGUCUAUUCUGUUCCGUUGGGUGGAUUGCAAAUUCGUCAAAGUGUCACCAUCGGUGGCUCGGGAAGCUCAUACAUUUAUGGUUUCGUUAGGGAACACUAUCGCGAGGGUAUGCCUAAGGAAGAAUGCGUUGAAUUUGUCAAGAAGGCCGUUCUUCACGCGAUGUACCAUGAUGGCAGCUCGGGAGGCGUUUGUCGUAUCGGAAUCAUCACUAAAGAUGGUAUCGAGCGUCAUGUUUUCUUUGCUCCACGUGAAGAAGAGAAAGUUAAUACAAUCAAGGCCGGUCCGUCAGUUGCCUUGAAAGCUUAGAUCAAGCAUACUAGAGGUAAAUUUUUCUGUUCUAAUAAAUACGAAUAGAAAUGAAAGGUCACAAAACGA